AUGUGCCUUUCAUUCAUUGGACAAUUUAUAUUCAGUAUUUUAAUGGUCAUUACACUUGCAUUGACCACUUUGUCAAUGUUUCUACCCGGCUUAAAAGAAUUGCAAGAAGUAGCAGCAAAUGUAAGCAAAGAUUUGAAACAUUUCAAAAUUCCCAAAGAAUUUAUUUCACUUGAAUCGUUAUGCCGAAUUGCAUCAAGUGACAAUGCCGCAUUUAAUAAUGAAACUAAUUCCGCCGAUUUUUGCAAGCAAUGGUUUAAUGUAACAAUUAGAAGAUUGGGAAAAGAUAGUGGUGAUAUUGAUGUGCUUAUCAGUGAUUACUGA